AAAAACCGCGCCUGUAAUGAGCAGCCUGUAAAAUUCACGGAAAUACAUGAAGUUGAGGACAAAAAUGCUGAAACCUUUCAGAAAAGUUCCUGUCCUGAACGCUGCGAAUGUAUUGCUGGUGGAGAACGAGGAACAUCUUCACUCGAGGUUAGCUGACAUCAUCGUGCAGAAUGAGAAGGAUGUCAACAUCACAGUACGGCUGGCCCGAAAACUCCCUCUGCCCGUGGAGAACCAGGACAGUCGUCCACGGAUUGAUCUCGUUGUGUUUAUUGUAAACCUCAUGUCUGAGCGCAGUGUUCAGUCUGCUGAGCAGUCCGUUCGGUAUCUGGACUCGGGAUUCUUUUUGGGGAAGGUGUGCUUCCUUGUCACGGGUGCUCGCUGCUUGUCAGUCUCCAGCACCCGUCUGUUGACUGUGAGGAAGAUGGCUUCCUCUCUGCACUGUCCAUUGCUGUUUGCAGAGGAUCAGACAAGUGAAGGAGUGAUUGCAGCAGCAGUGAGACUGCUUGGUAUACUUAAAGUGGCCGCAGGACUAGUGCCCUUUGCAACAGGACUUUCUCUCAACAGCGUGACUCACUGCAUUCUGCCGUCCGACCUGGAGCAAAACCUUGACUCACCGACCUGUUGAGAGGAACUGUACAUUUUGAAUGUUUAUUUAUCUGCCGUUAAACCUGUUUGUGUGUGUGUGUGUGUGUGUGUGUGUGUGUGUGGGCGGGCGUGGGCGUGCCUGCAAGUGUUUUUUUUUAAUGUGUAUAAUAUGUGGGUUGGGCAAUGAUGGACACAUCUUGGGGGACUUGAUCAGCGAUCAGUGAACGCCGUGAUCAGCAUAAUUGCAUAAUUACUAGUUGUAUAAAUUAAACUGACUGGUACUGAGUAAAUAACUAACCACAGACAAACUCGAGAUGCCACUUUUUGACUCCAUGUGAUUUUCCAGGGCUUUCUUUGAUCAUACACUUUGUUGAUGACUGGAAUAAAAAAUAAUACAAACA